AGACGAGUCACCGAGGAGCAGGCAUGCGUGCAGCAGCAGCAGCAGCAGCAGCAGCAGCAGCAGGAGAGCGGCGGUACUGCAUGUUCCAAGUCACCAACCAGACUUCUCUCGUCAUCGCCGCUUCUUCCAUCAGCAAGCAUCAUUGACGGAUUCUCAGGCAAAUUUGCAACACCCACUACCAUCUCUGAGCAGGCAUCACGCGAGGAGCGAAAAGCCAUUGACGCCUCUCACGUCGUCACUCCACAUCCUCCCCGUAGCUUGAUCACCCUGAAAGACCUGCCUUGGGUCAGAUCAGCACUAGCACCAUGACCGACGCCAUCAAGGCGACGUUUACCGCCAAAGCAGCCAAGAACGAAGCAGUUUUCGUCUCGUUUGUCACUGCGGGUUUUCCAGCCAAGCAAGACACUGUGGAUGUUCUGCUCGGUCUGGAAGCUGGUGGGGCGGACAUCAUCGAGCUCGGAGUCCCCUUCUCCGAUCCUCAAGCAGAUGGCCCUGCCAUUCAACGCAGCAACGAGGUCGCCCUCGAGCAAGGCGUGGACUACAAGACUUGCUUGUCUUAUGUGGAACAAGCUCGUUCUAGAGGCCUUAAAGCGCCAGUCUUACUGAUGGGAUACUACAACCCGCUCUUGGCACAUGGAGAAGAAAAGGCGGUUCAAGAUGCGAAAGUGGCAGGCGCGAAUGGUUUCAUCGUGGUCGAUCUGCCUCCCGAAGAGGCGGAGGACUUCAGAGGAUUUUGCACUGCAGAUGGUCUCUCAUACGUGCCGCUCAUUGCGCCUUCAACCUCGGACAAGCGCAUUCAGCACCUGUCCAAGCUUGCCGAUUCCUUCAUCUACGUCGUCUCCAAGAUGGGAACAACGGGCGUGUCCAACACAGUCUCUGAGAGUCUUCCUUCCAUGCUGGAGCGUAUUCGCAGCAUCACCGAUGUUCCAUUGGCGGUCGGCUUUGGAGUAGCGACGAGAGAGCAUUUCGUGCAGGUUGGCGAGCACGCCGAUGGAGUCGUCAUUGGUUCCAGGCUGGUCGCUGUGCUCCGAGAUGCUCAGCCAGCUACGACGGAAGCGCGUGUAGCAGCAGCUCGUGCCUACUGCGAGGAGAUCACGGGCAAGGCAGAGGGAGGAAUCAAGCGACAAAAUGAAAGAAAGCCGAUCAAGAUUUCGGACGCGAUCAAUCAGCCUGACGGAGUCAAACCUCCAAAAGUGGACGCGGUUGUGGAUGGCGAUAGACCGCCGGUGCCAGGUUUAGACCCAACUGUCGAUCCCGUUUCUGGACAACUUCGGCCACCUCGGUUCGGCAAAUUCGGAGGACAAUACGUGCCGGAAGCUCUGUUCGAUGCUCACGCCGAAUUGGAAAAGGCGUACCUGGAUUGCAUCAACGAUCCAUCCUUCUGGAAAGAAUUUGAGAGUCACUACGAGUACAUUGGCAGACCUUCAGAGCUUUACCUUGCGGAGAGGAUGACCGAAGCUGCAGGAGGUGCGCGAAUCUGGCUCAAACGAGAAGAUCUCAACCACACGGGAAGUCACAAGAUCAACAAUGCGAUGGGGCAAAUUUUGGUAGCGAGAAGGUUGGGCAAGACGAGAAUCAUCGCCGAGACUGGGGCUGGGCAGCACGGCGUGGCUACAGCCACGGCCUGCGCCCGCUUCGGCAUGGAAUGCGUCGUAUACAUGGGAGCCGAAGACGUGAGGCGACAAAGUCUGAAUGCGUUUAGGAUGAAGAUGCUCGGUGCCAAGGUUGUGGCUGUGGAGAGCGGCAGCAAGACGUUGAAGGAUGCGAUCAAUGAAGCGAAUAGAGACUGGGUCACCAAUCUACACAACACGCAUUAUCUCGUCGGAUCAGCCAUUGGACCGCAUCCGUUCCCUAGCUUGGUCAGAGACUUCCAAUCCAUCAUCGGAAAAGAAGUCAAGCAGCAAUUGAAGGAGAAAAAAAACAAGUUGCCGGACGCUGUGAUCGCUUGCGUUGGAGGUGGAAGCAAUGCCAUCGGCAUUUUCCACCCUUUCAUCAACGACCCCACAGUCAGGCUCAUUGGAGUAGAGGCCGGCGGCGAUGGCAUCGAAACGAAUAGGCACUCGGCCACCUUGUCAAAGGGCACGCCGGGUGUGCUGCACGGUGUACGCACCUAUCUUCUUCAAGCUCCCGAUGGUCAAAUUACAGAGACGCACUCUAUUUCUGCCGGGCUCGAUUAUCCAGGUGUCGGACCUGAGCACGCCUGGUUGAAGGACUCUGGAAGGGCAGAAUACAUCGCUGCAACGGACGAAGAGGCACUUCAAGGUUUCAGAUUGCUGGCUCAGCUCGAGGGUAUUCUGCCCGCUCUCGAAACUUCUCAUGCGCUCAUCAAGGCUUUCGACCUGGCCAAAAGGUUUGGAAAGGACGACGAUAUCGUCGUUUCCCUCUCCGGCCGCGGUGACAAAGAUGUCGCCGAGCUCGCCAAUCUGCUGCAGACCGGAUGGAGCGAGAGGCUCAAUUGGAAGAUCGCCUAGACUUGACCGGAUGAGCAUUUUGUAGCUUCGACAGGAUAGAGCUCCAAAAUUUUAACAUGCGAGAGGCUGUUGCUAAGUAGGCAAGGGCAGGGUUGCAAUUCAUGAAGAGUGUCAUCGACGAUGCAU